AUGAUCAUAACAGCGUCGCGAUACCGGGCACGCAAGCAAAAGGUCUUCUGGUCCGUUUUCCAGACGGAUGUCUCAUCGCCCACGCCGCGUUCAACUCCCGUUGCAGCCUUCAUCGAUGAAGGUGCUGCCUUUGGAGGUCCCCACGCGUCACCUCACCAUGCCCCCCCACCACCACCACCGCCUCUAUUUCACGAGACUCUCCAACAUGCCGAUGACCAGGUGAGGUGGGAUCGGGCAUGGCAUACUGUCACCUCCAAGAUCCAACUACCAACUUCAGUUGCGGUUGAGGAUUCCUUUGGCACUCUGCCUCCAGAGUCACAAGACGUUGACUUGGGUUUCCGUGAUUCCCUAGCUCUGCUCCUCUACCCCGGCCGCUCUUUACCCCAGGCAGCCCAUACAGAAGAUAUCCUCAUUUGGCACACACAUCAAGUUCGCCAGCACUUCAUUCAUCACGUUAUGCCACUGUUGUCUGCGUGUUCCAGUCAGGAUGAUCACACACAGGUCUUGGCCUCAAGUGUCUCGACUCUCGAAGCAGCUCACAGGCAAUACCUUUGGGGCUUGACACUCAUAGUCCAAGGGUUUGAGGACGAUGCAUCUGCUAACUCAUCCUUUUCAAAGUUUCGUCGUGAUUUACAUACCAUCAUUGGUAACUCUCUCAACCAGGGCUUGACGAAUGCCCUGACAAGUGUCUUACAGCGACUCAUACGUUCUAGUCUUGGUAUAGGGGGACGCUAUGUUGGGGUUUCAGAAUCACAAGAUAUUUGUGGUGAUGCGGCGGCUCGGGAAGAGCUUCUGGGGCUUCUCGAAUCUCUUAAGAAUGUUGGACUGGUGGGGGAGAGAUUUCAAGUGCUCUUCGCCGAAAUCAUGGAUGCCAGCAUGGCGGAAUUUGUCAAGACCUCCUAUUCGGGAUUCUGGAAAACGUCUGAGCAGUCAUCAACGCCAAGCUCAAGCACCCUGACUGGGUGCCUUGGCCAUCUUUCAGAUUGGGUUGAAAACCAGUACGGCCGCCUUGCUGUUGAGGUGUUCAGUCGUCUUGGAACCCAUAUCGCCUGGAACGAUGUUGAAUGCUGGAAGGAGAUCGCGGUAGGUCGCCUUGCUACUUUGCGAAUUCAAGAACUAUUUGAUAUCGCUUUGAAUUGGCCAGAAAGCCGGGGCGGACUCGAGGAUCUUCGUCUGGCUGUUUCUACGCCACAACGCCGUCUUCAAUUGACCGACACGUUCUCCCUCGCUCUUCAGAAGCGACUCCUUCAUCCUGGACGAUCCACCUCCGAUAUCCUUCAAACGUACAUUUCUAUGAUAAGGACAUUUCAUGCCUUGGAUCAUUCCAAGGUUCUCCUUGAUCGUGUCGUUCACGCACUACAGCUGUACCUAUGCCAGCGGGACGAUGCCAUCAGAAUCGUGGUCACAGGCUUGCUCUCUGACCCGAGUGAAGCAAGUACGGGGGAGGGAAAGGCAAAGCUUGCGGAGUUGGCAGUUUUGCUCAACUCAGCUUCUCAACAGCAACGGCGCCAGGUCGACGACGAGGACCUGGACUGGAACGACAUGACCUGGGUGCCCGACCCUGUAGACGCAGGUGUCAACUACAAGAGACCGAAGAACGAGGACGUCAUCGGAACUCUGAUCAACGCGCUUGGCUCUCAAGAGAUUUUUAUCAAGGAGUUCCAACUCAUCAUCGCAGAGCGAUUGCUUUCCAACCAAGCAAGCUUUACACAAGAGACUAAAGUACUGAGCCUGCUUAAAAAGCGGUUCGGCGACAAUGCUUUACAAAAUUGUGAUGUCAUGAUGAAGGAUAUUCAAGACUCAAAAAGAGUCGAUGCAGUUCUCGGAAAGAAUAUUUAUCAACCGUCGCCUGAUACAGGAGCACCAGCAUAUCACUCCAAGAUUCUCUCUAGACUCUUCUGGCCAACCUUAUCUAAGGACCCUUUCACAGUCCCGCCACCCGUUGCUGCGAUACGGGCCAAAUACGAACAAGGGUUUGAGCGACUCAAGACCUCUCGCAAACUCACUUGGUUGGAUCAGUUAGGUUCUGCAACUGUCAAACUCGACUUUGAGGACCGCACUGUCGAGCUUGAAUGCAAGACUUACGAGGCUGCUGUGAUAUACGCGUUCCAGGACGACAGCACUGAAGGCAGACACGGCCCCACAGCACGAACUUUCGAUGAGAUAUGGCAACAGCUCAUGAUAGACGAGGAUCUUCUCGACCUGGCUCUAAAGUUCUGGAUCUCCAGGAGAGUGCUCCGUGACGUUGGCAGCCGAACCUAUGCUGUCUUGGAGCGUUUGAACGAGGGUGAACAAGCAGGUGAAUCAGGUGAUCCUGGUGAAGCUCAGGAACUUGGCAAUGACAGCCGCUCGUCUCCUCGCAAGCCCAAAAUCGAUCCCAAGGAGCAGGAGCGCCGAACUGUAUACUGGCAGUUCAUCGUGGGCAUGCUGACAAACUCAGCACCAAUUAUGCCUCUUGGACAGAUGUUGAUGAUGAUGAAAAUGCUGAUUCCUGAUGGCUGUUCCUGGACGAAUGAGGAGUUGCAGGAGUUUUUGGCAGAAAAGGUGGCGGAGAAUAAAUUAGAGCUAACCGGCGGCAAGUAUCGCUUGCCGAAGAAAUGA